UUUCCCCCAGCGACUCAGCAAUUAUUGGUGCCUUCUGUAAAUUACACCCCUGAAAGAGUUCAGAAAGCUCUAACAGAGCAACAGGAACAGAAGGCCAUCACACAUCACCCCCUAGAAAGGACAGAAAUGGCUCUAGAUGAGCUACAGGAACAGAAUGCUGUUAUACAUUACACCCCAAAAAGGGCACCAAUGCCUUUCACUGUGCAGUGGGAACAGAACGCCACCAACGGAAUGAGCAUAUGUGAGCUCUGUGUCUGCCAAGGUGAAACGCUGUCCUGUACUGGCCUCCGCCCAGAAAAGAGGCUCCACAGAGUGCCUGUGCCAGAGCCCAACGAGUACAAUGGCACCUUCACGGUCUUAAAUUUCCAAGGAAACUCUAUUUCUUAUAUUGAGGAAAAUAUUUGGAAGGCAUACCGUUGGACUGAGAAACUAAUUCUCAGUGAAAAUUCUUUGACCGAAUUACGUAAGGAUUCAUUUGAAGGCCUGCUAUCCCUCCAGCAUUUAGUUCUCAAUCGUAAUCCUCUGGUAACCGUCGAAGAUUCAUAUCUUUUUAAAUUGCCAGCAUUAAAGUAUUUAGACAUGGGAACAACACAAGUGUCACUUACAACAGUUGAGAACAUCCUCAUAAUGACACUCAAGUUGGAAAAACUGAUCUUACCUAGUCAUAUGGCAUGCUGCCUGUGCCAGUUUAAAAGUACCAUUGAAGUUGUCUGCAAGACAGUCAAGCUGCAUUGUGACAGUGAAUGUCUGAUAAACAGCACACGUUGCAGUGAAGAACCAUCUCUGGGGGCCGCAGAAGGAACAUUUAUGAAGGCAUUACAAGCCCGGAAAAAGAACACCAGCACUGAGCUCACUAUUGAGCCAGAAGCUGCAUCCUCAGACAGAAGUAGUGUCAACUUGUCAACUGUCCUGAAUGAGCCUCUAGGCUUUAAUGAUGAAAGUGAUGUUAUUAGUGCACUAAAUUACGUAUUGCCUUAUUUCUCGGAGGGAAAUCUAGGACACAUAGAGAUGACGUUAUUACCAUUCAUUAAACUGCUUUUUUCCAAGGAAAACCACCUGGCAAAGAUCCGGAGAACAGGUGUCAGGAAAAGGCUGCGAAGGGUAAACAGAGUCCUCAAGUGGCCAAGGGGCAUAAAGAAAAGGCACUUCAAAGAAAUGGAAGAUCUGAGCAUUAAGAGGAAACAAGGGGCCAAGUCAUUUAUGGACAACACUCCCAAAGCAAGAAGGCUUCUAAGGCCACUCUCAAAGAAGGUGGAAGGACUUCUCAAGGUGCGGAGGCAAAGGAAGUUAGGGGGAGUCUCCUUCAACACAGAGCCUUCAUCCAGCAAGGAACAUAAGGCAGCAGUCUCUUCUUCCCUGAAACAAUACUCCAUGGGCAGGCCUUCUGCCUCUCCUCCUUCAAAAGGCCCACCUGAAGUUAGAAUCCUUUCAAAAGACUUGUCCUACACCAUUUUUGUUUUAGAAGAUGCAAAUGCUAGAGUUAAAAAUAUGGAGGUUCCUAUAUCAGUAUCGCAUUCCAGAAAAAAUUACAUCUACCAUAAAUCUCGCUCUCGUGUGGUUCACAGAAGACCAAAGGCCAAAACAAGUCGAAGGUUCAGAAAGGUCCGUAGACUGAUGCUUAGAAAUAGACCUCCUUCCUCUGCAGUGAGGAGCCUCAUAAAUUCCCCUCCUCGAGAGGCUUUUUCAUCUUCAGAAGAACUGAGUUCUCCAGAAAAUCCUUUUCAAGAAUUGUUUCUUUUUCCAGAGCCGUCUGCAAAAACUACUACUGUACACAAUGCUACUAUGCUAGGUGAGGCUACCCCUGAAAUCACUGCCCAUAAGGAUCCUUCCACUGCAGAUUCUGCUGUGACUGCAGACAACUUCAUGGCACCUGUUAAACAAACAAAUGAAACACAAUGGGAAUACCAGAACAUGGGCCCUGACUUACCCUCCAAGCCCCAUGGCUCCUCUCUCCCAUUGCUCUCAUCCCCAGGGGAUCAAUUUGAAACUCAGCUAAACCAGCAGCUACGGUCCCUCAUCCCCAACAACGAUGUGAGAAGGCUCAUUGCUCAUGUUAUGCGGACACUGAAACUGGACUGCUCAGAGCCCCAGGUACAACUGGCCUGUGCCAAGCUCCUCUCCAGAACAGGCCUCCUAAUGAAGCUUCUCAGUGAGCACCAAGAAGUUAAGGUGUCCAAGGCAGACUGGGAUACAGACCAAUGGAAAACCGAGAACUACAUCAACGAGAGCACCGAAGUCCACAGUGAGCAAAAAGAGCAAGAGUCAAGUGAGCUCACAAAAGAAGUUCCAGGAUAUGGAUAUAACCACAAACUCAUCUUGGCGAUAUCUGUGACUGUGGUAGUGAUGAUUUUGAUUAUAAUUUUCUGCCUCAUUGAGAUUUAUGCUCAUCGAGCAACAUCAGAGGAAGACAAAGAAGGAUCCUCACGGUAAAUAUUAGUCCAGCAAUUUUGUUUCAGUGUUUAUCGUGGUUCAAAUAGCUAUAACAAAACAUUCAUAGACUGACAAUUUUUAAAAGAGAAUUUUAGAACUAGGAAAGAACAUAGAGGGCCUC